AUGUGAACUUACUGUAAAAAUAAAAAAAUAAGAUGCCCGAUUGACCGAAGUACUUAUGGGCCAAUUAUGUAAUAUUUACCUUUAUUGUUGACUUGAUGUGAGUCUAUUUCGGACAAAGAAUGUAAACUUCGCCUGGGGGUUGUCUAAAAAUACUGCUUACUGGUCUAUUUUUAAUGGGCUUGUUUAUACGAGAGCGUGAUGAAAUAACACCGGAGCUCCAGAGUUGCGUCAUGCUGCCAUUGUUAUCUCAGCCGCGUUAGUCUGGGCGGCAUAUUAACACACAAGCAAAAAAACAAAACAAAAAAAAAAGACUCGGUCAUGAGAUAAAAAUAGAAUUGCCGUUGUCACGUGACCUCACCUGGAGCGGCGCGAAGGUGUGUGAGUGGGAAGUGAACUGCCGUAUUUCCUCAUGCCGCCGUGGAUUAAAAGCAGCUACAAUGUCGGCGCCGCCACACAGCAGCCCACACAGCGAGACGCGCCAGCAUGCAGAUCGCGAUGAUCGUGGUGAUCUUGGGCCUCCAGCUGGGACCGGCGUGGACCUGCAACGUGAACCGCUGCUAUGAGGAGGGCGAGCUGAGCAAGGCGGCCAACAGGAAGCUGACGAGUCAUUACCCGCAACCCCCGGAGCCCCACGGCGUGCUGGCGUGGGACUCCCCGGCCUCCUGCCCUCUGGACCUCUACGUGCACUACCAGCAGAGGGAGGCCAGGUCCUUGUCGCCAUGGAGAUUUGUGUGGAAAACCAUGAAGGACCACUACCCCUCCACGUAUGUGGAAGCUCAGUGUCUGUGCUCAGGCUGCAUCGUGACCAAAAACAAGGGUGUCCCUGAAAUGAGUCACGACUACAACUCAGUCCCCAUCGAGCAGAGUCGAGUGUUUCUGAAGAGGGAGCUCUGUGAUGAUGGACGAAAGUAUUAUCUGAAGCCCGUCUCGGUUAAUGUGGUCGUGGGCUGCACAUGUGCCAGACCCCGUAUCGCUUCCUAGGGUCUCCUCUUGUAGGCCCACCAACUAUAUUUUAAGAUUCCACUAUGGUCAGUGGAAUGAUGGUAGGAUAUUCAUCCAGAACUGUAUUGCCUUUUCUUUGCAAUCAUUAGUCAGAACUUCGGAGGCUCCAAGUUGCAUAUGCCUUUUAUUUACAAGCCUAUUUAUUUAUUUAUGUUUACUGUACAGCGGGUAUUUUAAUAAAAGCAGUUUUUCAUGUUGAAAUUUUUAAUAUAGUUAUUUAAAUGUACUUUUUAUGUGUCCUGUUCGGCGAUGUUUAGCUGAUACAUGAGCGAAUGACGAAGAUCUGACAGUCUAAAAUAUUGUAUUUAUUUAUUUAUAUAUGCUGAUAUUGUCCCAAUUUUCAUGUCAAACGGGUCUU